AUGCUGUUCAAACAAACUGUGCUCGGACCAGAGCGUUCGCGGGAGGUCGUCUUUGGGAGCUUUCUCCCUGAUUCUAUCGGAUGUCGCGGCGAAGAUGUAGGCAGCGACGCAGAGGCAGCGCGCCCAGUCUGCGCCGGGAGUGGGCAAGGGGGAUUGACUUUUUCCACGCGAUAUUCUGACGCGUCAGCGUCUCGCAAGAUUGGAGAAGUCGGUGUCGGAACGAGCCUUCCGGGUGUCUGUACACCGGAACACGUCCAGCUGGUGUGGCAUCGGGGUAAUUGCCUUUGUCUCAAAGACCUUACUGCCUUCCUCCGCGAUCGAAACUCUGGGUGGCUACGGGAGAUGCUGGCACCGGCAUCGGCAGGGCCAUCCAAGGAAGACGUCAUAAGAGACCAGCGCGAGGCGAGUUUGCAUUUUUCAGGAAAUUCAGGACCAGAUGUACAGACUCGAGACGCGCCUCCACAGACGCGCAUCGGAGGCGAAAAAGAACCCACAGGACAGUCACGGGAGAAGUGCGACCGCGUGCAGGUCUUCUUCCCCUCAUCUGGAGCUUCCUCCAGCGCCUGGUGUGACUCACGGGAUGCGUUAUCGGUGUUGGCCAAGUGCGAAGGCCUGUGUCUGGAGCAGCCGACAUUCGGCGCCGUUCGGGCGAUCCGCCGCCUUCGUGUACCUUCCUUCCGAGGAUUUCACAGGAGGGCCGUUUCUUCUUGUACGUCUCUCCCCUCUUCGUCUGCGUCGUGCGAGUCUUCGGUCGUCUCUGCUGCGUCGUCUGCUUCUUCCAUUGUCUCUGAGUGUCCUCGUUCUCACUGCCGGACCUGUGUGGGUAGUAACGCGGACUUGCGAACUGGGAGUCCGGACCGUCUUCUUCUUCUCUCCAGAGAGGGGCACCUCCAUCUGCUGUGUCUGUCUCCUGAAACGAGACGCUUCGUAGUCGAGCAGAGGGUGUCGCUUCCACCCUGUCCUUUUCCGCAUGAUUCCACGCUGUGUACCUGCGGGGUCGGAAGCAGCUCCGCUUUCUCCCUGCCUCCGCGCACCGUUUCCGAUUCCCCACAAGUGGCGGGAUCGCUGGCAGAGCCAAGCGCUUUCUGGGACCAACGCGGGGACAGCCCGGUACAGCCGCGUAGUUCUUGCUCUUCUUCGCCUCUCUUUUUGUCUCUGGGGCAGUUGGCCCCUGAGAGUCUCGCCGUCCUUGAACACAUUUUUGCAGUCGUGCGGGACGCGUCGACUGGCGAAAUUGUCGUUGGCGCGUUCGCGGCUCAUAGCGUCGAGGAAGGGCAGACCAUUGACUGCAGCACAGCCGCGAGAAGAGCCGCGGAAGCUGCGAGGUCUGAAUGUGGAGCAUGCGAGCGAGGCGGAGACAGAGGGCAUUGCGCGACGGGCGCGCGGCGAGGCGGAGGACUCAGCAGACGUGAAGAAGAUGGACACCAGGAAAAGUUCAGAGGGAGUUUCACUCGUUUUCCGCUCUCGCGCCCAGGCGAGCAAAACGACCCCGACGAGCCGGGAUUCCAAGAAUGUGCGCGCAGCUUUUCUUUUCGUCUCGCCGGCACCAUUCGCCACAUCCAGCUGGUCAAAGUCGGAGAAGAAGUGGACGCAGAGGAAGGUAAUGGAGACGAGGGAGACGGUGGAGACGACGAAGAAGGUGAAUAUAUUGGAGAAGACAAAUCAGUAAGAUGCGACGAAGCGGAACAGUUUGGAAGCGAAAACUUGAAUCCGCGAAGCACUCUUCAGCUUGCUGAGAAGCCAGCCCAAAGGAAGAGAAAGAGGCGCCCGCCUCGUGGUCACGCGUCGCUCUUUGCGUCUUCUGGUCCUUCGUUUUCUCCUUCCUCUCCGUCGUGCUCUUCUUCUUCGUCCUGUUCUCCCUCUUCGCCGUCCUCCCCAGUCACCUUCGGCUCCUCGUCUUCGCGUUUCCACACCAGUAGAGAUGUUGGAAACUGUAGGAGAAAAACGACCCAGGCGCACCAGUGCCCGCCCACGGUCAAACGUUCCGCCGCUGCAGUGCUCCUCGUCGUGGUGGAGAGCAGAGACCAACUGGUGCUUCUGCGCGAGGCCCCUGCUCUCGCUGUGCAUGCGGUCGAGGCGGCAGCUUCUCGUCGGCACUCACUGCUUCUCUUUCGUCUGCCUUUUUCUCUCUCGGCUUUGAGGCCCCAACGAGACGCUCGAGGUACUCCGCAGUCGCGCGCCUCUCAGCGCCCCGCUGCCUGUUGUUCCAGCGCUUCGCUGUCGUCAAUGCAAGUUCCUUCUCGUUCAUCAGCAUCAUCUUCAUCGUCUCCUGCAACUUCCUCUUCUCCAUCUUCUUCAUCUGCCGCUUCGCCGUCUUCAUCUCCAGCUUCCUUUCCAUCUUCCUCUUCAUCUUCUUCGUCUGCCUACGCGGCUGGCAUAUCGGGUUCCUCUUCGUCUUGCGACUCUGAUUCGUCGUUUCUCCCGGGCGCAUGCGUCGAGUUUCUCUCGGCGGCAGGACCGAUGACCGCGGCGGACAUGAAGCGACCUCCAGAUGCCUUCACUUCCAUCGUCUCGACAACUGCGUCAGACGGAUCUGGCCUGCUGUUCGUCUCCUCGAUCUACGGAUUGUCUGUUCUGAGAAUUUCUCUCCCCAGCGUCCCGUCUUUCGUCUCUUCUUCCGCGUCAUCGUCGUCUUCCUUCUCUUGUGUUUCUUCCUCUUCCUCUCCUCUGUCUUCUUCUUCGUCUUCGUCCUCUUCUUCGUCUGCGUCUUCUUCCUCCUCGUCAUCGUCUUCUUCGUCUUCUUCGUCUUCUUCGUCUGCGUUUUCCUCGUUUUAUGAGCGACACGACGGCGGCGUCUGCCCGCACUUCGGCGUUCGCUGCGAGGUGAUCUCCCAUACUGCGUGGGCUUCUCGGGAGGCGGCGUCUUCCUCUUCCGUCUCGCCCUUUCGCGUGCUCCACCGCCUCUGCGACUCUUGGUGCUGCCGUGCUUCUCCCGCUUCGUCUUCUGUCUCUUCUGUCUCUUCUGUCUCUGCUGCAUCCCUGCCUUAUGCCUGUGCUUCUUUUUCUGUGUCGAAGGAGAGCAAACGAGGAACUGGCAAGGACAGGCCGUGUCCACGCUGCGGGUGGAGACUGCGUUGGAGAGACUCCGUUUCUGCUUCUUCGGAAUCUUCUUCACGUUUGCCCUGUGCGUUGAGAUGUUCAGACACCACGAUGUCACGUGUGUGUUUCGCUUCUCCUCUCGCUGAUUCGUCCUCUUCCGCAUCCUCUUCCGCGUCCUCUUUCGCUCCUGGGGUGGGCUGUCUGCUGCCGUCUCCUGUCUCGCCUCCAGGGUCAGAUCGCGUUCUGCUGCUUCUCCACGAUCGGCGAGAGUCUGCGUUCCUCCUCGCGAGUGUGGUGUACAUACACCGGGCGCAACGGGUGUUGCGCGUCGGGGGUGAGGAGGACCCUCCGCCUUCGUUGUCUGGGAGGAAAAAAGUGAAAGUUGGUGGAUCUCCGAAUGGGGACGGGACAGAGGCCAGGCAGCAACCGUUCGCAGAGAAGUGCACAGAAAACCUUUUCUCGUCUUCAGGAGCGAACUGCGCAACCAGAGUGUGUGCCGUCCCUUUGUCGUGGGGUGGGGAGAAAGCGGAAGAAGAGGGAAAAAGGAGCUUGGAGGCUUUGCGUCGGGUUCAGUCUUCCCACGAGAACCGGACAAAUCGAGAUGUGCCAGGCGACGCGUCAAGCCCACGACUCUGUGUGGGGAAGACGGAUACCGGCUGCAUGCUCUUCCAUUCCAUCACACCAGUGCUCGCCGUUGCCAAGUCCUUUCCAGCUUGUGGUCCAUCCUCGUCCGCUUCUCUCGCUUCUUCCUUGAGUUUGUGUUCCACCAACUUAGCGAACAUUGCGGGUGCCGAUGUUCCGGAAGGGAGGAAGGAGUCUCUGCUCGUCCAGCCUUCCCUCGCGCCCUCCGCCUGCCACCCCCAGCCAGGUGUACGUACACCCGAAGUGGGAGGCGCGGGAAACGAGGGUGCGACUCAGCACGAGACACAGAAUCCUUCAGCGAAAGUGAGCAGAACUGUGGUAAAAGAGAGGCGCGUCUGGCUCUUGCUGGGUCUGACAGAACGCGCGAGCGACUGGCUUCUGGCCUUGACGUGUGAAAACUUCGGAGAGGCCGAGUGCGAACGCUGGAGACUCGUGCCGCUGGAGUGUAUGCACACCCGAACGCACCUGACAGAUGCGGGGUACGUACCAAGCGAAGUCCUGCCGCACGCGACUCGUUUCCAAGUUCCUAGCGAUUUGUCUCUGGCCGUCUUUCCUCCUCUCGCUUCGCUCUGUUCGAACGCAUUCUCCUCCGCUUCUACUUCCCCUCCGAGACUGCUUGUCUCCUCCCUUUCGUCCUUUCGGCAUCCUCUGAAAAGUAUCCUCGAAGGCAAGAACAUGGACGCAGGCGGAACGGUGUACGUGACGGGGGGGCGCUGGCCACACUCGGUGCUCUUUGGCCUGCGUGUCGGACAUCGAGUUUCACCUCACGCGCUAUUGGGUUCAGAAUCACAACCUCCGCAAAAGCUCGUGUCUUCCUCCAGUCUCCAAACGGCUCCCUCCACUUUCCCCUCGAACGCCGUUCGCGCAUCAUCUUCAUCUUCAUCAUCUUCUUCAUCGGCGUCUUCUCUCUCGUCGUCAUCAGGUGCUUCGUCCGCGCCUUGUCCUCAGUCGCCUGCCCGGGCUCUGGAUUCCCCUUCGCCUGUUCGUCAUCGAGGACUUCCCGCGGAACAGCCGCUGGCGGCUUGGCUGCUUCCUGCGCCUCCGAGAAACACGGCGGCGGCGGGAGAACGUCGAGCGGCGCCGCUGGGUUCGAGGCGCCGCGAGCCCCGCAACGAAAAAAAAGAGGCGGAGCGCGAGAACAACGAAACGAGGCGAGAUUCUUGGAUCCUCGUCGAGUCUUUUUGCCGCCGAACGGACGCGCGACUUGUUGACCGUGACGGACGGCUUUCGCGCCCAACAGGCGAGGAUGAAAAGAGUGGAGAAGAGGUGGAAGAGACAGAAGGAGACCGUGAGACAUCCGGAACCGAUUAUCGCUCCUGGAACGGGGGAAGGAGUGCCGAGAGAGGGACAGCUUGCAAGGUGGAGACGAACAUGAGGGGAGAGAGACAGGUCAUGCUCAAAUGUGAAGGAGUUACACUACGAGGAGAUGCCCGGACGCUUCAUGUGGCGUCUGUGGCUUGCAGCGAACGACCUUGGGAGCCAGGUGUUCUGCAAGUAACUCCCGAUGCGGUGUACGUACACCAAGGAGAGCACACGACUUGCCUGGUGACUUUCGGGCGUCCGCGGACAGAAGCGGCUGUCUUGCGGUCGCUUGCUCGAGACCAAGAGAGAGAGGAGAAACGGAAGGAGAAAGAGGGAACCGCGUUCGAGAAACAGGAACUGGGAGAUCGCGGGGAAGAAAACAAAAAAGGUUGGAGAGAAAGCGAAACGAUGGAAGCGGACAUGGGAGACAAGGACGAAGACACACCUGUCAAGGAUAAAGCCGUCAAAGCAGGCGGAACAGGAACGCGCUUCUGGAUCCUCACCGCGUCUGGAGGGCUGUUCACCUUCGAGCUGAGGUGUCGAGACACCCCACGCGCGUUGCCGCGCUUCCUCGCGCACCGGCUUUCGUGUCUCCAAACGAUAAGCAGUCCGUUCGACUCUUCGCCCUUUCCUUCCUUGACUUUCUCGGUUCGGGACUCGAAGGAUCCUGGAGAACAUGGCCUAUCCUUGUCGCGAGAAAAUCCGAUAAUCACAGCUGUGUUUGUCACGCCUUUACCUUCCCUCUUCCCUGCUCCGUCAAGCGGUGCUGUCUCACCUCCCGCACCGCGUCUCUCCUCUGCUUCCUCGGCCUCUUCGUUUUCCUUUUCUUCCUCUUUCCAGGUGUCUUCUUCUGCUUCCUCUUCUUCCGCGGCCCCCACCGUCGCGUCGGCCGCCGCGUCGCCUUUCCCGGCUGCGGCCGCUCGCGAGCGCGAGCCUCGCGAGAGGCGCUGCUUCCUUUGGGCCGCCGCAUGCAGCGACGGUCGACUGUUCGUGGAAAUUGAGCGGCCUGGCAUUUGGCGGCGGGAGGCGAUGAGGAAGAGCAGAAGGAGAGGAACGACGAAGACUGAAAAGACGAGAGAAGCGCAAACAGAGAACGAGGAGACAAGCGCAGAUGAGAAGCCUGGCGAGACGAGAGGAAGACAUGCAGAAAGGUUGAUGAGUGACAGCCGGACCUUAGCAGAGAAACAAGAAACAGAGAAAUAUGAUGGCGUGGAGAAGCGGGAAGAGUGUCACGAGGAGCCGAAGACAGAGCUGUGGCGAUGGUGCACUUCUCUCGCUCCGCAUGCAGUUCAGUCUCUAAGCGUCCUCGCGCCGGCGUUUCUGGUCGCCGGCACUCAGGAUGGCCGCCUCUUUGCAUGGUCGCUCGCGAGUCUCCUGUGUCGCUUCCCGUCCUCCCCUGCGUCCUCGGCUCUCGCUCCCGCUCCUGCUGCCCGGCCGGCUGCUGCUGCUGAUGGCUCGCGCGCGUCUCUAGAGGAUGCUGCCAAGCCGUCCGCGCCUCGUGAGCCUCCCGCAAGGGUGGCGGCGGACGCGGCAUUGAGAGAUCCGCUUUCGCGAAAGGCAUCACCUCCGACGAUGCAGCAAGGCGAACAGAGAGAAAGGCAGCAAGGCGGACAGAGAGAAAGGCAGCAGGGGCGUCGCCUGGCGCCUCCCGUGUGGUGCAUGCGUGUGGGGACCUUCCCCCUGUACUUGUCACCGAUUCUCCCGAGACGACACUGGCGUCUGGAGAACCGGUUGCGAGAAGAUGAAGCACACAAUGAAGGCGAUCCUGUGGAGAUAAAAAAAGCUGAACCAGCAGAAGAUCAUGAAAAAGCGACAGAGGAGGGGGAGGAGGAGGAUUGGGGGGAGCUCCCAGAAGGCUGUUUGAUUCGUCACGGCGGCGGACAGACCUGCCACUGGAAAAGAGGGAAUCGCUGGUUUCUUCUGCUUCCUGAAGGGGCGAGAGGAACGCGAAGAAAGAGAGACAGGCGACGCAGUUCGACUCGAGACAUUUUUUCACCCACGAGGAGAGGAGAAGAACGUUGUUUUCAAGACACACAUCGAGCGCCGACAGAGCUGAAUCCGGUGAUGCACGGCGAUGCGUUUCUCCCUCUUUUCGGAGACGCAUUGUCGGACUCAGAGGACUCCUUCUCUCGGUUAGAGUCUUUCCUUCCCUCGCUGCGCUGCUUCCCCUGCCUCUCGCCGCCGCCUGCUCCUGCUUCUCUCUUUUCGUCCUCGUCUCCGUUCUCUUCUUCCUUCGCUUCUUCUGCGUGUUUUUCUUCUCUCUGCCACAAAGCCUUGGAUCCGUCGACGGCGGCUGUCGCUGUGGCCUGGUGGGCUGACGAGGGAGACGGAGGGGAGACAGCGAGUGCGGCAGCGGAGAUGAGCGAAGCAGAGAAGGUGGACGAAGAAGCAAAGAGGAGAGGAGAAGCGAGGAGAGACGACGAAACCGCGAGGGAGGAGAGAGAGAGCUGGAGCCGGAGGACGAGCACGAGAAGAAGCGUCCGACUGCUGUGUCUGUACAGCAGAGAGGCGACUGAGACAUCGACGCUGGCGUCUCUCUGGAACGUCGACGCGCGGAGAAGCCUCGUCACAACGGAAAUCGCGCCUCUGCCCUUCGUCGCGAACAAGAUGGCUGUACACCCGGGAGGUCCAACUCCCCUCGUCGCCUUCAUUGGGCGCGUCUCUCCCAUUUCGAGGUCUCUAACCCUCACCUCUCCUUGGUUUUCUCUUCCUUCAUCUGCCCCUGCUGCUUCGCCGUGUUCGCUGUCUCUCUCUGCUUUUUCUCCGUCGUCCUGCGGCGAUGCAUAUGGCGACUUUGCCGUUUUUCUCUGCGGCCCAGCUCCCGACCUAUCGCGGCUGGCACACAGAAGGUUCGCCGUCGGUCCUCCGCGAGGAGCCUCUUGUACUCGUUCGUCUUCGCCUUCUGCUCCCUCGUCUUGCACCCGCUGUCCUCUUGUGGCUUCGUCUCGAGAGGCGGCUCUCUCGCCGCGUUCCCGAGCCUCUCCUUGCUUCUCGUGUUUCUCUUCGCAAGAGGCCGGAGGCGUGCGUCUCCUGCAUUUCCUGCCUCUCUCGGUCUUCACUGCAGAGGCCGCAAUGCGCUCGCCGGGUGCCUCUGCCCGAGACGAAACGCACUGCGUACAGUCCGGAACACAGCGGCGCAGCGAGCAGCUUCGCGCGGGUCCUCAGACCUGCGGCGCGGAUCGGGGAAGCAGUGGGGUACACUUGGGAGAACUUGGAAGUUCUUGGCGCUCUUCAGAUCUUCGACCGGCGUCGCCUUGGCGGCCCACAGGCCUCCGGCCCCUGUGUCUCUCCUUCUGGGCGCUUCCGCAGUAUGUGGACGCGUCUUGGUUCUCUGAGGCGCCUCGGCCUGAAUCGCCUUCUCGCCAAUUGGGUUCGGCGUCCUCAGGAACGACGUCUGUUGUGAAGAGACGAAGAAACGCGAAAACCAGUCUGCGUUCAAGACUGCUGUACAAGAUCUCCGCUUCGCCAUUUCUCGCGCCCGUGACUCAGGCGCAACUCACAGCUCUUGCGCGCAGCCUGCGAAUCCUUGGAUGCCACCGCGAAGACUCGACGCGAGGCGAUAUAUCUUCCGAAUUAGUCAAGAGACUCAUUCGCCUCAUCAUUUCGUCGUCCUCCUCUUCUCUCUCGUCUUCGUCUUCUCUCUCGUCUUCGUCUUCUCUCGCGUUUCUUCUCUCUGUGUUUUUGGGCCGUCACUUGCGGAUCCGCGCAGGCCUCCGGGGCCUGUCGCGGCUGGGCGCAACGGCGGGGGAGUGGGGACGACGCGAGAGGCUUCUCUUUCUGCUACAAGGACUCCGGCAUUUGCAUGCAGCGGUGGAGACGCGGCUUGCCGAGCUCGCUAACGAGGCGCGCAGCCGCGAGGAAGAAAUCCAGCAUCUGCAAGAACAGAGAGAUCUCGACUUGUGUGUUUCUCGACAGUCAGAAGCGAUCCGAGAAAGAGAUGCAAGAGUCAUGUUGAGACGCUGGCCAGACACGGGCGAGAGACGCUCGGAGGCUUCCGAGUCUAUACGGUCAAGAGACGAAGUCGAUGCGCGUCACCCGGCGGAUGUUCUCCAUCCUGACGAACCUGGGGAUUCCGCCUCUUCACAAAAUGAAUUCGUCUCAGCCGACGAAGGCGACUACCACCCUCCAUCUGCUUCUUUGGCACCUGCCGCUUCUUCUUCCUCAUCGUCGUCGUCGUCCUCCCCAUCAUCCUCAUCUCCUUCGUCUUCUUCGUCGUCUUCAUCGUCUUCGUCUUCUUCUUCUCCAUUCUACUCAGUUUCGUCCUCGUCUCCUUCUGCGUCGCCUUCGCCUGCGGACGCGCUUGCCAGCUCGCGACCACCGACAGACUCGGCGGCUGCUGCGCAUGCAGCGUUGCGCGCUUCCCACCCUUCUGCGGCUCUGGGCGAGGCGUCGCUGCCGCGUCGCGAGCCGUCGAGGCCUCUCGAUCGCGCUGAAGACGCAGCCGCUCUGGAGACCUUGGAGGCGCUGCGAGUUGCCCUCUCUUCGCGAGUUUCUGCGCAGCUGGACGGCCUCCAUCGCGCGUUGAGAGAGGUGCGCAGAACGGCAGAGUUGAUGAAGGGUGUCCUCAAAAGUCUCCGACUCGUGCGCGCGCUCUACACGAAAGCUUGCCGUCUCUCAGACGCAGACCACGGCUCUGGAAAUGACUGCAAGGCAGAGCAAGGCGCGGACAACGAAGAAGCGAACGCUGAGGAAGAGGAAAACGCAGACGACCAAGAGGGGGGAGAAGAAGAGGAAGAAGGGGAAGAACGGCAGCAGCUGGGGGUAACAGGCGCUGAGAGAUGUGUGUGUGAAGGACGAGAGAGUCGGCGGUGGAUGAGGACGGAAAAGAGACGAACGGAGAACUACCUUGUUGUUGGUGGAGAGUGGACUGGAUGGGAUGCUGAAGGGCGGGGAGACAGACAAGGCUUGGAGGUGAACGUGGAGAAGGACAAAACAUGCGCGGAAUCGACAGCGAACGCAUCCGAAGAAGGCGAACAAGAAGACACAGAGGGACUUUCGCCUGAAGAAAUUCGUCACCGAUACGGACGACUGGCGUACGAAAGACAUCUCCACUCUCACCUGCUUUCCUUCCUCGCCAGACUCGCCGACGGUCCACCGGAGCUGAAAAAAGCACCCAGGGGAUUUCUUCUUCUUCUCGCCGUCGAGGACGCGUCGACAGGGCGGAGAUGCUCCGCUGCGCAGACCUGUCUUACACUCGGAAGAGAGCGAAGCGAAAAGAUAAAGACAGACGUCGACAGCGAGACCAAGACGUCGCAACUGGAAAGCCGGGCGUUCGAGCGAGAGGAAGCAGAGGCCCUAAGGCGGCGGAGAGCGAUGCCACAAAGAGAGACCUUCAGAGACAACCAAGAUCGGAACAGUGAUGAAACAGCGCAAGGCAACGAAGAAGAGACAGGUGAUCAGAAGGAGCAAGGUAACGAAGGAGCGCCAACUACCGAGAGUGCAUGCAGAGGUCUUCGCGCGAUGUCAAGGAAGGGCAGGAACCUGAGCGUUUCCAGUCAGCGCAGGCGAGAAGAGCGGACAGCUGCGUCUGCGCGCCUGCAUGCGCUGCCGAGCCGCGAGGGAGCAGACGAGCGGAGGGAGGAGCAGCGUUCGGAGAGAGAGAGACACUCGAAGCUUUUGCGCGGUCCCUUGGGGUUCUGCGUUUCUCCUCUGCCUUCCUCUUCCAGAGGAUUCGCCUCUUUCUCCUCUUCUGGUUCUGAGGCUUCUUGUUCUCGUUCGCGUUGUUCUCCCUCUUGUCCUCCCGCUUCUCUCUCCUCCACCUUGGUGCCGCUUUGCUUGCAACCGACGGCCUUCCCAGUUCAGGCAGUGACGCCGUUCGAGCGCAGCAGUCUCCUCGCGGUCGGGGGAGACGCCACCAUUGCAGUGCUGGCUGUCGAGAGAACAAAGCCAGCAAGGGUGAUGCGCGAGGCGGCGCGGAAAGGAAAGCGCGAGAAGCGAGAAGUGAACAAGGAGAGAGCAUGUGAGCAGGAGACAGGUCGUCUGACGAAGACGGCUUCUGACAAGAAGGCAGAGCAUGAAGAACAAGAACCGGAGGCGACGACAGCUCUCCAGGAGAGCACAGGCUAUGGGAGGGUGACCGAGUGUGCGAAGACGACAGACGUUGCGAAGGAGGCGUUUGGUUUUCCUGGCUCGAAGGACAUCGACGAAGGAGACUGUGGAGCCUGUCGACUCCCCGAGUGGCGCCUGCGGACCGUCGCGACGUUCACCGUUGGAGACGCAUCAGACAGCAGGGUCACGGGCCUCUCGGUCUCGGAGCCUUCGGGACUGCUCACCGCGACCUUCGCUGCGAAGACUGGCGGGGGUGGUCGGAUGCUCCUUUUUCGGUGGAGUGCAGAGUCUCAGCAACUUCUUUGCGUUGCGUCGGGAGCCGACGAGGAAGACCGAGCCUUCUGCGCAGGCACAGCUCUGGAGGUAGCUGGGAUCCCGCGAUUCCCUCUCGCGUUGACGGCAGACGGCAAGCAUGUAUAUGCGACGAAACUCGACUCGGAUCUCGCGUCUCUCGCCACACACUCCGAAGCUGUCCUCCCGUCGCCCUGCGUCUCCGCGAUCUCGCCGGCACCGGCGUUCUUCUCUCCUGCAGCCUUUUCGCCGUCGUCGAUGUGUCUUGCGUCCUCAUCCUCAUCGCGCAUUUCUACGUCGUCGACCAUGCAUGCAUCGCGUUCGCGGCCUCCCCAGAACGUCGGUGCUCUCGCAAACAACUCGCCGGCUUCCGCCAAUCUCUGUGAACGAAGGCCUUCUCGCAGUCGCGCGGAGCUGUCUCCCGAGCCGCCGAAGACGCCCAGCUCGGGGACGAAGCCGUCGUGGGAAGGACGCCAUGAAACGGUCGACGCAGUCGACGAAGAACGUGGAGAGACGGCGGUUGAUGAAGACAGCGAAAAAGACGCAGUGGACCAUGAAGAAGACGACGCAGGAGCCGGACGGGCACCAGCGGGUGAAGAGAGCCUGCAUGACGAAGCGAAUGUUGUGACAUUAUACGAAAGACAGCCUGCGGCGUCAACGGCGCUUCUGCCCGGCCUCGACGGCAGCUUAACAGCUGUGUUUUGCGCCCCGGCCAUGCCUGUGCAUGUGCGUCGCUCUUCUGCGUCUUCGUUGUUUGCUUCUGCCUUUUCUCCCGACGCCUUCGACGCUUCUGUCUCGACGCCUGGCCUGAGGGGAGGAGUAGCACGGGCAGCGACGGACGCCGACGAACGGCUUGUUCUUGAAGGACGAGACAAGACACAGAGAAAGCUGGAGAGGAGGGCAGACGAAGCAGACGAAGCAGACGAAGCAAACGAAGGGGGAACGAAGGAGGGAGAACAGAAGGACAAUAUGACCGUGCAGACUGUCGACGCUUCCAGCAGCCAUGGGUCGCUUGUGGCUUUUGGGGAUAUGUUUGCCUCACGCUUUCGCUCCCGAGCAGCGGAAAUUUGCGCGGAUCUCUCGAUCUUUCUGAGACUUCUCCGGUCAGGUCUCCCUUGUCCUCUCUGUGUUUCCUCGCUUCCUUCGAGGCCGGUCUCGUCCGCUAUCUCUGCUUCGUUUUCUUGCCCCUCGCCCUUCUCGGCUUCCUUGUCGUCUUGCGUUCCAUCUUCCUCGUUUUGGCCGUUUCGCUCCACGUUCAGACCCGAGUUCCUAUUUGCGUCUUCGCUGACUCAACAGCAGUUGCUAUGGCUGCUGUGGGAGCGAUUUGUGUUCUUCCGCCUUUUGCCGGUGUACCGCCACCCUGCGCGCGUCGCUGGGCGCCUGGCGCGGCGUUCGCGGCGCCUUCAGCGAACGGUUGAUUCGGCGAUUUCCCGCGCGUCUCGCGCGCUUGCGUCUGCUAUGGAAGCCGCGCAGAUUGCCAGUGCAGAGGCAGCGCGAAACGCGAGUUCCGAGAAGCAGUGGCGGAGCAAGGACGCGACUGAACGGACGACAGGGAGGAGAGGCGAGGACGAAAACCGAGGCGAGAAAGCGGAGAAAAGUGGACGAAGACGUGGAGAGGAAGCGGGAGAGACGCCGACAAAGUCUGAAAGAGCGAGAAACUCAGAACGCGUGCACAUCCAAGAUUCUGAGAGGCAGUCCCAGGUGCCCAGUCUCCCGACGGUGAAUGCGGCACUCGACGACCUCGCCCUCAAGUGGACGAAAGGCAUUUCCUACUUCGUUUCUUCUAAGGAAACAGCCGCCGCUUUCGAUUCGCCGCCAACUUGUGCCUCUCCUGCCUCUUCUUCGGCCUCCUCUUCUUCAUCGGUUCUCUGUUCCUCUUCUUUCCAAGACAUGUCGGACUGUCUGAAGUGGAUCGACACCGGAGCAGCUUCUGCCGCGCAGCUCCUCCACGCACUGCCUUCCCUGCAAGACGUCGAGGCGGGCGAAGCGCUGGAUACGACAGAGGAACGAGAACGCGCGGGAGGUUCUAUUUUUCGCCAUUCGCAACGUUGGUGGAGUGGAGAGAGGACGGUCGGUCGUGCGUCGCCGUCAUCUUUGACAGGGUCUGUUGAAGCUCUCACAGACGGACUUGUCGCGUUCGUCGAUUCUCUUCGAGCGGUACGAGCAUCCCUCCACAAAUGGAUGGCUAGCAGGCAUCAGGAGGAGCAGUGGCGUCAGCUGGCUGAACGCAUGCACCUCAAAAAGGUCGCGCUUCUCGAUACUUCUUCGUCGCCCAGAGACCUUUCCGUUCUUCCUGCUCCACGAGCACCUGGCGCUGCGACUGUAUCGGCGCUUUCUUGCUCGCAUGUCACACAGCAAAUGUCUCAAAUACAGGACGACAAGCCAGAAAGACGUUCUCCGGACCCUUCCUCUGCUGCUCUGCCGUUUUCCUGCCCCUCGUCCUCUGCGUCGGCUUCUCCGUCGUCCGCCAUCUCUUCCUCCUCGCCUUCGCCUCCCUCUUGUGUUUCCUCUUCUUCGUUUCCCUCGUCUUCUUCUUUGCCUCUGCCCGCUUCGACGACCCCCGCUCAAUCGACUCUCUUGGCGGACCUCCGCGCGUCUGCUCUGCAGGCCGUUUCGGCUCUUCGCGCCAAACUUGCUUCCGUUGAGGAAGGCAAAGAGACGAGACACGAAGGCGCUGCAGAACGAAAGGAGAGCGGCAGAGAGGACGCACUGUCGCACGAGCGAUGCGAAACUCGAGAGGUCGAGCGAGAGACGAACAUAGGCUUGCAAGGGCACCUGACGAUGGACAGCAGCGGACAAGCUGAAGCAGAGCAAGAGAAGGCAGAGGCGACAGACAGAGAGGAAACACAAACACAAGACACAGGACGGGAGAAAGAGAAGGAAGCGUCGAGUGAGGACGACAGUCACCGUCGUCAAGCAGAGCAACAAUUGGGAAAAGGUGACCCAAAGGGGAGAAGAAACGAAGCGCCUGGAGCACAGGCGAGCGAGAACGUGAACCGCGUGCGCCGGCGGCUUCUCGCCCUCCUCGAAGAAAUUGAAAACGACGAGAAAGCAACAGCGCCUCACGGCGGGAACGCGGGGGUGUAUGUACACCCGAUUGGGGAGGUCGUAGGUCACCAACCUGCGCUUUUUCCGGGCGGCGUUGGCGGAGGCAACUCGGCGCGAGAGCGAAGUGAACGCGAAGAACCUUCUGGGUAUUUAACGGAGACCAAAUCUGCAGUCGCCAGAGCGGAACGAGGGGAAGGAGGAGAGGCUAUGGGGAAUUUUGCCUCACAGGACGUGAGUGAAGGACUGGCCGAAGGAGAUGUAAACUUUCAACACGGUCGACUGAGGAGACUGCAGCGACAGCUGACGACUGCGCGCCUCUUGCUAGCAGAGUUGGGAAGAGCAGAGAGAGAGGCGAACGCGGAGGAGAGCGCAACGAUGACAAAGGACGAUACCCGCGAAAGAACGGAGGCGAAAGGAGCGAAGAACCUAGAGAAGCGAGACGAAUUCACGGGCGGCACAUACGCAGAAGAGAGCGAACAAGCGGGGAGGAGAGCGGACGAAGACGUUCUCCUGGCGCAUGAGGAGUGUGGAGAGGACAGGAGCUGCACCCGGAGAGAAGCGAUGAGGGAGAGAGCGCAUGAGCCAGAACGGAAUCGAGAGAGAGGGCCAAUCAAAAAGGGAGGGGGAAUCGAGACACAAACAGGGAGGAAAGGAGACUUCUCGGAUCUUGACGAGGGACUUGAGCUCGAGUCUGUCUGGUCUCUCUCCAGCUUCUCAUCAUUGAAGACGGCGACCGACGAGGAGGAAGACAUGAAAGAGAGAACCGCUCGCCUCUCUCCUGCAUCCGGAGUCUGUGCGUUGUCUUCUGCGUCUUCUUCGUGUUCGCUUUCGAGGACUGGAGCAUCGUUGCAAGGAGCCUGCGUUAAGGUGACAGAGGCCGGGAGUGCGAGAGACGCGACGAACAGGACUGGGUCGUCUCUGUUGGAAGCCGAGACUGCGCGACAAGUGAAGGCAGUGGUCGACUGCAUGCGUGAGGUAUCUGGCCUGCUACGUGGCGGAGAGAGACCGCUGCUGUUCCCUGUGUCUUCGCUCGCGUGUGCGUCCACUUCGCCCUCCCGUAUUAGCCGAAAGGACGCGCGAAGCGACUCACUGCCGUCGCUGCUGUGCCGCUUGUCUCCGGCGUCUGCUCGCGGCGUCUCCACGUCUUCAUGUGCCUCUUCUGCGUCUCGCAGUGGAGCCUCCAGUUCCCCGCAGCGAGGAGCCUGUGGACGCCGGAGAGAGUCAAAAGGUUCUUCUCGAGAAUGGGUUGCCUGGAACGGAGCGAGCGACGGCGAGGGAGCUUUCGAGCCUCUCUGGGCGACGAGGGCAGAUGUGCGCCUACACGAGAGCCAAGCGACUUUGCGGCGUCUGCGCGAGGGCCAAGUCCUGCUUGCAGAGGCGGCUGUGGCGCGCGGAGGUUCGCCGCUGUUUUGGUUCGUCGUUUCCUCGCUGGCCGUUGCAGCGAAUUCACCCGAGGCGCUGUCUGCCCUAAAACGGGAGGUUUUUGUCGCAGGCGGAGGCGCCGAACGACGCGGCGGGGGGUCCAGCGCGCCCGCAUGUCCUCUCUGCCGCAGCCGCGUCUCUCAGGAAGCGGAGGCAGAAGGAAGAGAGCGAGACAGGUUGGAGAAAAAUCGCAGCGCGGAGGGACGUGGAGACAGAGCGCGCGAGCUGCGCGGCCUGACCGACGGGGGUGUCUUGGCUGGCAGCAUGCGAGACGCCGAACGUGCGAGGAAGAGACUGGAGAGAGUGGAAGGAAGCUGGAGAGGCUGCGGAGACGGCAUGCGGAGGCGAAUCGAAAAACAGAGAGAAAGAAGAGAUAGAGAGGCCAGAGCCGCAGCGACAGUUUGCGAUCCCCGAGGCGACGCUCUUGGGGUCUGCAGCGGACGGCCUUCUCGAGGAGCGACCCUGCUGAGGAUGUCGAGAGGCACCGCGCGCAGGGCAAGACUCAGGGAAGCAGAAGAAGCGGGAGAAUCACACGGGGACGCACAACCGGAAGAAGGAAGCAGCACAAGCGAGGAGAGCUGGACGGAGCAGGACGCUUGGGACCUGUUUUGGGGCGUGGAGGAGGUGGACGCGGAAGAGCUUGGAGAGCGGGAGAACAGGGCAGGCGAAAGCGAGAGAAGGAAGGGCAGACGCGCGCGGAGACGAGGCGAGACAAAACAGGAGAGACGAAACAGCCGAGACAGGAGAGAAGCGCGAGACAGAUGGGAAGGAGAGGGAAGACGCGCGAGACGAGCAGGCAGAGAAGAGGGGAGAGGGGGAUGUCUUGUGUCAGGAAGGAAAGGAGAGAGUUUGAGGGGGUCGGAAGUGCUCAUGGAGAAGAGCGAAAAGAGACAAAGGAGACAGUCGACGCAUGAAGAGCGAGGGUCUCCGUCGGUGUCUCCAGCCCACGUAGAGACAGAAGAGGAAGAACAAAGUGGAGCGCAAGUCUGUGUAGAUUUAGAUCUUGUCAGCUCUCUCGCUUCUCUGAGCGUCGAGGCAGAGAGAGAACUCGAAGAGCUCCUCCCCCUCUUGCCUUCUUGCCCGGGAUCUGUCGAAGAAUGUCUCGCGGCGGUUCGAGCUGUCGCUCUCGUGUCGCCGUUUUGA